AUGCAUACUCCAACUACAUCACGAAAGGAGUCAGUCCUAUCUACAACGCCCAUAGCUGGGCAAAGUACUCAAAAUGAGGCACAUCUAUCUACAACACCUAUAGCUGGGCCAAGUACUGUACCAAUUAGUGGCCAAAUUGAUGUAGCAAUGUCAACUCCAUUGUCUCGUGGGACUAAGGCACGCUUUGUAGUUGAAAGCUCUGAUAAUACUGAUAUUACAUCGAGUUCAUCUGCACCUGAAAAACAAUGUAUCACAAGUGACCUGGAGAAACAGUCAUCUGAACAUGAAAACCAGAGGGAAAAUGCUUUGCUUCGUGGUUAUAUGAAUGCCACUAUUCCAUAUGACUGGACAGGUGAUGAAAAUGAGGAUGAUGAAAAUGAUUCUGAUUAUGAUCCCGGUUAUGGGAAAAUUCCAUUGGUGACUAUAGGUCCUAAAGAUGUGAAGAUAGAGAAUCUAGAAGACCUUGGUGGAGAAGAAGUAGAACCUGAAGCUGAAGAACAACCAGAGGUUGCAUUGAAAUUGGGGGAAGAUAUCCCCCUUCCACCCAAUCCACUAAAUGGAAAUAUCCAUCCUCCCAAUAGACAUAUAGGAGAUGACAUUAAACAUCAUCAAAUGGUUUUGGUAUCUCUGCAAAGCCAAGUUGAUUUGGCAAAAUGUAAAAUUGCCCUGUGCUCCAAAGAUGGAUGUGAAGCAGAGGUGACAAGCACAUUUGAAAAAUGCAUUGGUUCUGCACCUUACUUGCAAUGGGUGUGUACCAAUGGGCACAAGGAUUAUAGAUGGAGCGGCCAACCCUUUGUACGGGGUGUGAGAGCAGGGAAUCUGGCGCUCUCAUCAGCAAUUGUUCUCUCUGGGAACAACGUUUCUAAGAUUAAAAAGAUGUUCAAAUUCAUGAAUGUACCCUGUGUGGGGAAUCCCGCAUUCUAUGCCUUUCAAAGAAUGUACAUCUGCCCCUCUGUUAAAACAUACUGGGAAACAAUCCAAGACGAGGUGCUGGCCAGCUGUGGGGACAAGAUGCUCAUUCUUUUAGAAGUGUAA